CUCUCUGCAGCCACCGCAGAACGCACACAUUUGCUCAAGUCUGAACUGGUCUGCCGUCUGUGGGAGAUUGCAGCUGCAUUGCUUCUCUUGGGUGCUCUUCAUCUUAGAUUGAACAAUUGAAAGCGGCAUGUUUUUCCCAUUGAAAAUCAUCCUGGUGCCCAUGUUACUGGAUUACUUCUUGGGCCCGAACAACUUGAUUGUUGCCACCCCUGAGCUAACAGUCCACGUGGGUGAUUCGGCCCUGAUGGGAUGUGUUUUCCAGAGCACAGAAGAGAAACACGUGACCAAGGUGGACUGGAUGUUUUCAUCAGAAGAGGAUACCAGGGAUGAAUAUGUGCUAUACUAUUAUGCCAACCUCAGCGUGCCUAUGGGGCGCUUCCUGAAUCGUGUGCACUUGGUGGGGGACAUCUCACGCAAUGAUGGUUCUCUCCUGCUCCAAGAUGUGAAAGAGGCUGACCAAGGAACCUAUAAGUGUGAAAUCCGCCUCAAAAUGGAGAGCUUGGUGUUCAAAAAAGAAGUGGUGCUGCAUGUAAUACCAGAGGAGCCCAAAGAGCUCAUGGUCCAUGUGGGCGAUUCAACUAAGAUGGCGUGUGUUUUCCAGAGCACAGAAGAGAAACGUAUGACCAAGUUAGACUGGGUGUUCUCAUCAGGAGAGCAUGCCACGAAGGAGAUUGUGUUGCAAUAUUACCCCAAACUCAAGGUACCUGUGGGGUUCCCUCAGAACUGGGGACGCUUCCAGAACCGUGUAAACCUGGCAGGGGACAUUUCCCGCAAUGAUGGCUCCAUCAUGCUCCAAGGAGUGAAGGAGUCUGAUGGAGGAAACUACACCUGCAGUAUCUACCUGGGGAACCUGGAGUUUAAGAAAACUAUUCUGCUGCAUGUGAUCCUGAAAGAGCCCAGAACAUUGGUGACCCCAGCAACCCUGACACCUGAUAUCCUGGGUAAUAAUCAUCUGGUGAUCAUUGUGGGCAUUGUCUGCACCACCAUCCUGCUGCUGGCUGCUCUGAUAUUGAUCAUGAAGAGGACCCACAGGAAUAAGAGUUCAGUGAAUUCUACAACCCUGGUGAAAAACCUGGAGAACACAAAGAAAGUGAACCCAGAGAAACACAUUUACUCCUCGAUAAGUACAAAGGAGGUGAUCCAGGAAGAGGAAUUGACUGGGAAAUCAGAGGCCACCUACAUGACCAUGAACCCAGUUUGGCCUUCUAUGAGGUCAACACAGAACAACCCACUUGAAAAAAAGUCAGCUGAGGAAAUGCUAAAAACAGAGCAAGCUUUUUGAGAAGAAAGGAGCUUAUCUAUCUUUCCAAGCACAGUGGAAGAGACUCUAUCUACUCUAUGUGUCCUGAGCUGCAGUACCAGUUAUUUCUAACCUCCUAACUCUCCCCCCUACAAUUGUCCUCCUGCCUUAUUCCUUGGCCAAAGGACUGAAGAUGGAGGAUUUGCAGGCUGGCAGAAAGACUGGACAGAUUUGGAGGAGCAAGGCCUAAUGAAGGGAGGGUGGAACGUGGGCUGGGAGGCUCUGGUGUGGGGCACUGGCAUGGAGGAACCUGACGGAGCUGCCGCACCGGCCUCAGGUGUGCUGUCGGAUGAGACCCUUCACUUGGACAGUGUUCUUUGUGGAUGAGCUAUUGGGAAGAAUGAAAGAGAUAUAAAAACCAACCCAAACGAUUCUUUUGAUAAAUUAUCCCUAAAUAAAUGUGAUUUGUGCAAACCA